AAUUGUUCAACAAAAAGUCAAUUACAACUGGCUGUAUGUCCUGAAAACUGCUUUGAAGUCAUGUCAGUUUUGAAGUCUGCUGGCGACUCCUCUAAGUUGAAAGCGGAGGCUGAUGUUUUGUCCGGAAGUUUUUUACAGGACGAUGAAGGAGGUGGUCUGAACAAACACAAGGAGGAGAGUGCUCGAGCAGUCAACGCUCUAACGCUGUCACAAUUGUCAAAACAGCAUCAACAGUCUGCCUACCCGUUAGAACAUGACUUGCAACACAAAUCAAAUUCCACAAUUUCCGACCAGUUACCCAAUGAACCCUUUUCUAAUCAUAUCUCCACAGUUGGAGACAAAUACUGGGCCAACCCAGAGGACUUUCUCAAUCCCCCGCCAUCUCCACUCCUGUGCCAAACUAAAUCAAGAGAUUAUAUCGGUGGAGAAAGUAAAGAAACAAUUUCUACCGUUACUACAACUGCUGCUGAUGGACAAGUUAAAACGGAGGAGAGUGCAGAUAACAAGCUGGUUGAGCACGAUGAAGCACAGGUUGGAAAUUACAUGGGAUCUGCUUCCUCGGGUGAAGAAGGACUGUUUUCGGAGCUCAAAAAUGGACUGAGCAGUAUCACGAGUGGUGAUGUAGUUGGGCGUCAAAAGUGUCCCAGUCAAAACAACAACAACAAUGAAUGCAGAGACGAAACAGGUUCGAAGUUGUCCUCUGAUCUUUUGCUGUACAAAACGGAAGCACCAAAAAUAGACGAGGCGUCAUCAUUUGAAAUUUCCCAGAAAAGGAGAAGAUUAGAAGAAGAUAUAUCGACAAAAGCUGCAUUAACUGAGUAUCGAACAGAACCAGAUAACUACGAUAACUCCCAUCUACGGUACCACCACAGCAAUACUGAGGCUCGUGUAUCUCAACACUCGCAAUUGCAAUCACAUUACAUAUCACAACGAACUGGAACACCAACUUUAUCAUCUGCAGAACACGUGUCAGAUUCCUCAAGCACAAAUCCAACACAAUCAGAAUGCAAUACAGUGAAUUCCGAUUGUGGCGAUAUCAACGGGAUACCAACAUCAAAAAUAUCGAACACACAAAGACCAGCAUUACUGGAGGACAGUAGUAUAAUCCGUAGGAGCAACAAUAGUAAUUGUCACAAGCAUGAAUUCUCGACAGAAGUUAACGCGCAGUACUACAAGAUAAUAAAUGACGAGCCAAUAGUCAAUGAUAUAACUUCCAAUUCAAAUUUACAUCUCCAAUCCGACUCGAACAAUUCAAAUUCAAACACCUUACGACUGUUACAACAACCUCUUCCCUUGCCCCGUAUCGCUACUCAAUCAUCUUCAUCAUCAUCAUCUCACCACUCUUCGUCUUUUAUCAACAUGAUCGCCAACGGAGUACCAACCUCAGUCAACGGAAUGGGUGGCACAGAUGCCUCUCGUGACUUCUCGUCCCCCAAAGCACCCCCACCCCUUAUCUACUCGGAACUAUCGGGAGUCCCAGCAGCAUCUGUGUCUUCCGAGGACGCUCUCCUCGUUUGUUCCUCCAUGUCGGCUGAUUCGGCAUCUGUUUUGAGCAAUCCUUAUUACUCUGCUCAUAUGCAUAAUGAGAUGCUUCUAGCAGGGGGUGGUCUGGUCAAUGGAGUGGGGCUCUCCGUGUCUCCCACGGAUGAUCUGGAUCCGUAUGCCGCAGCUGCGGCCGCCGCCUUUUACGCUUCCGCAGAUGCUGCUGGCUACAUGAACGGGGUUGGUGUGGGCGGCAAUGGGGUGAAUGUGGGUGGGGGUGUUGCUGGGGGAGGGGACUCGGGAGUGGGUGGCACUGGCCUACCUCCAAUGUCUUCCUUCCGCAGUCCCUUCAAGAGCAACGGCGCACCCAGCCCCGCCUCAGAACAAAAACUGCUAGCUAUGUACCCCCCUGAGCAGAGGCCGGAUGGUCUGGUCGGCAGUCCACCGCCACUCUCCGCCAUGUGGGCACACCACCCCAUGCAUCCCUCCCAAUUCAUGCUGAGAGACGGCAGCCACGUGUUGGACGAGAGUGGAACAGCCUACAUGAUGACUUCAGCUGCACACCACGACCCCUACUCUGGUAUGGCCCUUCUACCCCACUCGGGUCACAGCCAUGGCCCCACUCCCACUGGAACCCCCCACCCACAUCCAGCAUCAGCAGCAGCCGCCGCUCACUAUCUCGGGGGAGGUCAUCACCACCCGGGAACUCAUCCACUCCUAGAUGGUCACCAUACGAAUCACGCGGCCGGUCUGUCUGCGGCCGCAUCGGGCACCCACGGUCACCUGCCAGGGGGUGCAUCCGGAGUAGGGGGAGGGGGAGCUUAUCUGAGCCCCACCUCCCACGCCAACCCCCUCUCCCUCUCUUUGCAACAGGGCACGAGCGGGGGCACAGGCAGCGACAACGGACUCUCCUCCCCCAACUCAGUGACAGUGUCGGAGGACAACAGUCCAAACGGGGGAUCGGGCGGCUCCAAGUCCAAGGGCCGCAAUGCCAAAGCAAGGAAGGCAACCGAGGCGCCGGAGGAUCCGAACGAGGACCCAAUGAUGAAGCAGGAGCGGGAGAGGGAGAGGCGCCACGCGAAUAACUCCAGAGAGAGGAUCAGAGUGCGAGACAUCAAUGAGUCUUUCAAGGAGCUGGGCAGGAUGUGUAGCAUGCACCUGCACACGGACAAGGCCCAAACAAAGUUGACCAUUCUACACCAAGCAGUCAGCAUCAUCUCACAAUUAGAAUCACAAGUCAGAGAGAGAAAUCUGAACCCGAAGGCGGCCUGCCUAAAGAGGCGAGAGGAAGAGAAAAACGACAGUGACAUGAGCAUGCGUGCAGCCGGUCUACCACCGGUGCCACCCGCCACUGCCGCGGCCGCCCACGCACUCAAUGCCGCAGCUGCUGCCGCUGCAUCCGCCAACCCCAUGCAACAGCUGCAGUCACAGCAACACGGGGGUAAACCAGGUAGCCAGCAGACCCUCAGCUCCAGUCCGCCUCUUUCUCUCUCCUCCUCCCAACUGGCGCUGCACCCGGCCGCCACCGGAGGUCCAGACCCCUACUCCCUCACACCCCCUCACAUGUACCACCACCCCCACCAUCCAGCAAGCACCAGUCUAGCCUCAUACGAGUCGGCCGCCGCCCUCGAAGCACAAGCAGCAGCCGCAUCCUACCACAACGCCAUGGCAGGAGUCAGUGCCGCAGCAGCGGGUGGCUCCGUCGCGGCUGCAGCCUACUUGUCCGGUGCGAGACAAGGUCAGCAGGACCUGACAUCCCAACAUUUAGCCACGUCAGUUCACGAACAGUAUCUUCCCACAUCUAUGCCAAAUUCUUACCGAUCAGACCCACUCCUCAUUGGCUGAACGAACUGAGCAAUCACGUCUGGGUUAAACAAGUAGAUUGAGACUUACGCGAUAAACUUGAUUUCCGCUUCGUGUCCCGAGUCUGACCAAAACUAAUAUUUGCCUCAAUUUUCUAUGAAUUUUUCUUUUUCGAACUCCAUUUAAAAUUAAUCCAAAUUGAAGGCGCUUAAAGUUUAGAAAGCAAUGAAUUUUAUGUGCGGGCGAAAGGCUACGCGUUUUACGUGUAAAGCCUAUGUGUAUUACUUAAACUUACUCUUUAUUAAUGGACAGCGCUAUAUAUCUUUCACACGUUUCCUGAAGUUAUGAAAGUUACGAAUGAAUGUGUUAUGUGCAUUAAAUUGACUUACUCUUCUCAUAACUGGAAACGUCUGACCCUAAUAAAGUGACCUUUAUAAAUGAAAGUGGACUCAUUGUUUUAAUGCGGUAGAGUUACAUAAAUUGUGUAUUUAAAACUAAAUUGGCUCAAUUCAACAUUAAUGGCCUCC